AUGAUUCUCAAGUUGAUCAAAUCGAUGGUUCAAGCAAUAACUCGUCCAAUACAAUACUUGAUCAUCUCCUAUCUCCGGUAUCUUGUCGGCUUACCUUCGCUGACUGGUAUAAAGGAUCAUCAUGUCACGGUUAUCAUCGAGGAAUUGACGGAUGUUGGGACGGAAAACGUACUCUAUGGCGCCACUCGGGCUUAUCUUUUCAACAAAAUCAACGUCGACUUCGUCAAAUUUUACGUCGGUGAAUGUAUGUUCGACGACAUAUACCAAGGGGUCGAGCUCAAGUGGAGGAUCUUCGUUGAUAACAAAAAUGCUGGAAAUAUCAAUAAGCAGUGCUUCGAGCUGAGAUUUGACGAAAAGCACAGAGAUUUGGUUUUCGACUCUUACAUACCUUUCGUGGAGAGCCAGGCCAAGAGCAAGAAGAGAAUCCUCGAGAUGCACACAUACUCUCACUGCUCUGACUCUUGGGCAAUCAAGAGCCUCAAUCACCAUUCAACUUUUGAAACGAUUGUUAUGAAGGAAGGGCUCAAGCGUGACCUCAUCGAAGAUCUUGACCAGUUCAUCAGCAAGGAAGAUUAUUACAAAAGAGAUCGGCGACGGCGACACUGGGUGAGAUUUUAUUUGUUGCAUGGGCAACCAGGGACCGGGAAGACUAGUCUUGUUGCUGCUAUGGCUAAAUAUCUGAACUUGGAUGUCUAUAAACUAAACCUCCCUCUAGGGUUGAAAACUGACUUCGACCCGAAGAGACUUAUCUCCAGAGCCAAGGACAGCUCGAUUCUCCUCGUAGAGGAUAUAGACGGCUCCCUCGAGGGAUUGAAUGUGGAAUUAUCGCAACUGUUAGGUUGCUUAUCUCGGGUUUAUGGCCAAACACGCGUUGUAAUAUUGACGACAAACAACAAGGAGAGUCUUGACCCAACAUUGCUAUGUUAUAUGGAUAUGAAGAUUGACAUGGGACACUGCUGA